ACAAAACCACCUAAAUAAUAAUAAUAAUAAUUGUUUCCCGUGAUAAAUCGUUCGCCGUUAUCAGGGUCAAGCCGCAGUGUUCGUAGAUCGCGUGAGCCUGUGCGAGCUUCGUCGUCUGUGUUAUUGUUUCCGAGCAUUAUCGCCGUCGUCGUUUAUUUGAUUUUGAUUUUAUUAUGAUUUAUUAUUAUUAUUGCGAUAUGGUUGUAUAAGGUUUUGUAUUAUUAUUCUUUGGCUCGAAAUAAUCGUAUCCGUUCGGGAUCGCGUGUCGCCUACAUCCGUCCGUCGUCUACGAUCGGACGUUUUAAAUUUACUCGCACAAUAAAAUAUUAUUAAUAUUGUCAAUUGUGAAUUGACAGUCCGCAUAGUACCAUGCCGCCUACUACACGUACGUAAUACACGAUGGCAUCGAACCAGAUCCGUUUGUACAAAAUAAUUGAAUAAAAUUUUGUUAUGAACUCAUUAUCGGAGUCUGAUGUCAUUGAAGAAUCUCUCCAUGUUCCUGAAAUUACCCAAAUGGCUAAUGAUAAUGAGUUGAUAUUAUCACCAAAAAAACAUUUGGUUUGCUUUGCUACUGUCAAAGGGGAUUGUUUAGUGACAAAAAACGGUGCAUCAUAUGCUGGGAUUAAAGAGUGUCUGCUCAGUGAUCAAAUGGUUGAUAAAGACGAACCAAUUGAAAUUCAAAUUUCAGACUCUGCAAAUCCUGAAACUGAUAUUGAUAGUGGAAUGGAAUCUUCUGCAUCUAGCUGGGAUCGAUCAGUUAAUGAAGUAAAAGAACAUGCAUUUGCUAGACUAGAGGAAGAAUUAAAAAAAGCCAAAGAAACAUUAAAACUUAGAGAUGAAGAAGUAUCACGUUUAAGUAGAAUACGUGCUGAUGUUGAAUCAGAAUUAGAAGAAUUGACUGCUAGUUUAUUUCAAGAAGCUCAUAAUAUGGUGAAAGAAGCAAAUUUACGACAAGCGGCUGCAACCAGAGCAUUAAAAGAAUCUUCAAUGAAAGUUGAUGUUUUAUCUGCUGAAGUGACAGCAUUAAAAACUCUUGUGCUAACUUCUACACCAAGUCAUCCAAAUUUAUCAAGAGAAGAUAGUAUUUCAAUGCCAGGAGGACUAAGUGGCGUUGGAUUAUUCAAUCGUAAACAUAAGAGAUCGCCCUCGCACAAUAACCUAAAAUAUGGCCGAGAAAAUUCGCCGCCAGAUUCUCCUCUAAAGCAAAAGUCUAAUCCAUCAGUAACAGACAAAGAUAAUUCUGACAUAUCUAAUAGCGCCGAAAUUGAUCCAAAUGUGCAUCGUGAAUUUGUUCUUUGGAUGAAAUCUCCAACUUUAGAUAAAUCAGAUGCCUUUAUAAGUCGAAUAUACAGAGAAGAUAUCGAUCAAUGUCUAGAGUUUAAUAAUUCAACUCUGGCAAUGGAUGUUAGAAAUGCUAUAGAAUGUGGGAAUCUUUUUAUUGAGUCUAUGGACAAGUCAAAAUCUCAUUUUCCAAAUUUUUCUAAUUUUAGAAAAUGUGCUCUGAUGGAACUACCAUUGCUAUGUCUCUAUAGAAUGAAUUUAGGAGGAGCAGAUAGCGAAUGCUAUUGCAUAUCACAAAUUUGUCGUAAUAGAAUUACUGCGGUAUGUGAUUUCCUCAACUAUCUCAGAUACAUUCAAAGAGGCUUGGUCAAAAGUCUAGAAAAUGAUAUGUAUUGGGAAAUUGUAAGACUGCGAAAACAGAUGAUGUUGGCUAAGUUGGGUCUAGCUUUGACAUCGUAAUAUUGCUAAUGUGAAGUAUUAA